AUGGAACGCAAGUGGGUGCACCCUAUCAUUGGUAAGGCUACGGACACCGCGUGCUAUCGGAAGUCGAUAGACUUUGACAGCAACAGCAUUUGUCCAUUGAGUUACAGUAAGGGCGGCGAUGACUUCUUCGACGUUGUGGCCACUGACGUCUUCUACAGUGUGAAAUUGAACCACGCAGUUCGUAAAGCUAUGUGA